AUGGCACCGCGCAUUCGACUCGGAUACAAUGCCAAGCCGUGGCACGAUCUUCGCGACAUCAAAGCGUACAACGAAGAGUUCUUCUCACCCGAGUUCCAGAGCCACUACCCGGAUAUGCUGUACUUGUGCUCAUUCACGCCGGAGGGACAGUGGAUUUACCGCGACUGCAAGAAGGAGGACGAGUGGGUCAUCUAUGCAGCGGCGACUCCACCUUACAACGAGGUGAUGUGUGAGAAGAUCGUGCGUGACGACUAUGAAGAACCGCGGGGGUGUACGGCAGACACAGCGUACUUUGAGGCCGACCACCACUUCGAGCCGGUCGAAAACGCCAAGGAGAUCCGCGAGUCAUUGCCGCCUGACGCUACGCUGCAAGAUGCGAUGCAGGCGCUAUGGAGAACAUGCAAGGGGUGCGCCAAAUACGUCAAGGACGGAAACUCAUCUGCCGAUAAAGACUCAAGUUCCGCUGUUGCCAAAGACGCUGCGUCGAACCCCAAGACCAAUCACACGCCCUCCUCCAAAUGA